AUGAAUAUGAAGACAAUGGACAAACGUGUUAAUAAACGUGUUAAUCCCUAUGAUUGUAUCAAAGUGGCGCAUAAAAGCGAUUGGAUCAAUGUGCUAGAAUCAUUGGCAACUCAGCAAAUCAUCCAAAAUGUUCAAACUCCUUCUGGUACUUCUCGUCGUCGUUGCUGUUGUGGUUUCAGCGGAAGAAAAUUUUCAGCCCGAGAACAACGCAAAGCACUGAAGGAAUAUUUAGAUGGUUUCGGAGAGCGUAAUGCCGAGAAAUUCAUGAAAUCGUUGGUGAAAGUUAGCGUUGAAAAUAUGCGGAAAUCCACAAAAACUGCACUGCAAAAGUAUUCUGAUACGUUCUCGGCGCUUCUCCGAGAUCUGCUCGAAAUAGCCAUCUAUCUUCACAGCGAUGGUCGAUUGGAAUGGUGA